UUUAUAUUCUCUAAGUCUUUCUAUUUUGGGAAUAAGACAGGAGAAAACUGAUCCUGAAAGUAGUAACAUCGGAGAUCGGACGUACCGCAACCAAUUCCGAGAAAUUAAGGAAAUCAGAUACGAUUCAUGACGUGUAAGUGUCACCGUCCAAAGGACCCAACUGCAAGAGUAAGAAGAGGCUCUUCGGAACUUAAGAUUAUUGCAGCGAUUCGGCAUUGCGAUCAGUUGGAAAACAUAAAAGUCAAAUGGGUUUCCACUUUGUAAGCAGUGGUCAAGAAUUCACAGACGUUACUUUGAAGAAUAUUUGUGAUACUGCGACCAAUAACGACCUUAACUCGACAGAAUUCGCAUCUCAACUCAUCACCGCAAGUUGUGCUGCGGCAUUCUAUUUGGUUAUGUUCUUCUUGGGCAUUCUCGGUGUCUGGUUCCAGCCCUGUCUUAGAGUUUCUUCUUCGCAAGGAGCACUCUUCGCAUUUUUCGUGGGGGCACUAAUUACCUGUAUAAAUGUAUUUACAAAUGCACACGACCUCUUGGUGAAGUUGAGCUUCCGGCUUUUCACAACAAUACUUAUUGGAAUAAUUUUCAUAAUCUUUGGUGCCUGGCGUUUCUUUGAAAUGCCAAACAGAGCUCGAGGAGAAGCCAACCCACAGGGGAAUGAUAGACCGCCCCUCGGUAAACAACAGCCUUCCAUGGGUCUGGUAGUUUCCUUGUUAACCUUUCCUUUGGUCAUUAUCGAGAUUGUGCUGAUUUGCGCAUCGUUUAGCUCCAAUAUAACGGACGAGACGAAAAGAAGCUUGGCGGAUAAAGACUGGCGCUUAGUUAACGCGGACAAGACUGUUUUCCUUAUUCAGAAGAUUUUCCAAGUUGUUACCUAUCUGUAUCUGCGGAACACUACAAUUUCCCAAGGAUACGAAGAGAACGUUCGGUUUUAUUUUAGAUUAUUAUCUUUUUUCAACUUCAUCGAGUGGAUAGACGCGCAAGAAAAUAUAGACGACGACGUAGCUUUAACUGGAAUCAGUGCAGAAUUUGACGGCUGGUUCAAUUUAUUGACAGUUCUAUACACAGCAUUGAUCAUAGAUUAUCGCUUAUUGUGUGCACUACUGUUUCUUGAACAUUCUGUUGAAGUUCAUAUUCACGCGGACCCGGCCGAUGAGAAUGACAAUGGCGGUGGUAAUCAAGAAAUGUCGCCUUGUGAUGAAGUCAAAAGAGCAUUCGGAUUUGCUCUUGACAGCUUCUGCCUCGUAGCCCCUGUCUUCGGUGCUUUAUAUUUUGUGCCUGCAUUCAAUCUAAAAGCAGGGGUCAAUAUGUUUGCUAUUAUUGUCAACAUAGUAGUCGUUGUUUGUGGAAUUUGUCUGCUCUGCUUCAACGAAUUGGGGACCGUUCCCAUUCACCUUAGAGAAUCGCAAGGUGUUAAAAUAAUGGUUUGUUGCCUGGGUGCUGUAGGAUUUACAUGCUGGUUCGUGGAGGCAGUCAUAGCUUGUUUUUGGGCUGCUAAAGAGAAACACAGAGGCGAUAUCAGGAAUCUCCCCCCGCCAUACAUCCCUUGGACUGCCGCUAAGUUUAUUAUACGAAGUAUAGCAACAGCAUUCCUCAUUUUCUUGUUCACCAACAUCAACGCCCGAGCUUUGCCCGUACUAAAUCAGAGCAUUAAAAACUAUGUUCUUGUACCUGCUGUGAUGUUAGGGGUGCUCUCCAUGUUUGGAGAGGGUUUGGUUGACCAAAAAUUUGGACGAGUGGAUGAUCUUCUCAGGUGUGAAAUCAAAGACCCAGGCCUGAAAAUUCUGUUUGAGGUAGGCCCACCAAUGCACCUUGGUUUCCUUCUUCACGUGUUUCUUUACUUUAUCAUCAUACAAACACGUUUACGAAACUGCCCGCCACAGCAAGAGCAAGAGCCAGUGAAUCCGGGGCAAAGGGACGGCCCGAUUUGGGGCCGUGGCCGGGGAUGGGGACGUGGCCGAGGUCCGCAGCUGGAGCCAGGACAGUUUCAGGGACGGGGUCACGGUAGGGGCCGCGGGCGUAGCUGGAGAAACACCUAGGGCAGGGGCUGGUUUGCAUUAUUUUUUUCCUUGAGCUUAAGUUCACUAACCGUUGUUAUCUCGAGUGAUUUACCUAUGCUAUGUUAGGCUUUUGGGACGAAUGAUCUCUCCUCCUGCCUUGUUGCUGCUUUAAAUACAUUGAUUUCUUUGCUUAAAUGAAUUGAUUCCUUAGCUCAAUGCAAAAACGAGAAAAACUGCGGCACUAAAUAACCUCUUGAUCAUUCAUGGUUAAACAAGGGGAAAAUACGUUGCUUUUCCUGGAAUUAGUUGAUAGAGUAAAGUUUCCCAGAAUUUUCCCAGGUUCAGAGGUGCCUUCUUCAUCUAAUCAUAGUUGUACUUACUGAAAUUUUGAACGAUCCGAAGAAGUAAUAUCAGUCAACACCAAAGUUUGACUGGGUGGUGUUUUAGUGGCGGGCUAGACCAUACCCAACCUGUUGAGAACCAGUCGCUACUUCGCGUAAAAGGAAUUACCUGAGUUAUAAUGACCCUCUUGGGACCUGUAUCACAUUCAGGACCACCGCUUGAAUCUCUUAAUUUUUCAAAAUUGUAUAAUGUGAUUCACUCAGAAAUCCUUUCUUUUGUUUAUCACUGUUUCCAUAAAGUGAUCGAGUCCUCCAUGAUUUUUCAAGCCAAUAUCUUCUGUUAAAUCGUAUUUUUCAUGUCAAUCACUAAAUGGAAAUCUGUUUGCGAACUCAAUUCAAACUACUCAAAAUAGUAUUAGUUAAGUCGAGUCGUUGUAAUUGUACUAGUACCAACAUCUGAAAUUCAUUCAUUGGCAAUUGAAAUAAAGCAAACUACCCCGCUUCCUUGGU